AUGUUCCCUCAGUCUGAACUCCCAAAUCAACAAAGUUCAUUUCCUGAAUUAGUUGGUCGAAGUGCUGGAGAAGCAGUCUCCUAUAUUUCUGCAAAAGGCUUGACACCAGUUCUGAUGAAACCUAAUCAACCGGCAACAAUGGACUAUCGUACGGAUCGUGUUCGUAUUGUAACAGAUCCAUCAGGCAGUGUGGUUCUUCAAAUACCUAUAAUUGGUUAA